AUGAAUGAGCUGAAUAAAUUAACACUAGUCUAUAACAUCGACCUUGUUGCAGAACCAACGUUAUCUUAUGGUCUAACUACGAAAGAGACUCACCUGCAAUUGAUUAUUAAAUCAAAUCGAACCGAAAUCCGGGAAGCUGAUAUUAUAAGCAUACCAACUGGCACACAUUAUAUGCCGAAUCAACUGGAAACGCUUACGCUUAGCGUACAAGGUCGAAAAAACCAGUACUUAUCGCUGCAAAACUUGGCGCACACAUUCAUUAUAAACUUCUCUGCGCUCAGACUGCUUGACUUAGCCGGAAAUAAUAUGAAAAUUUUGGACGCAAACAUCUUUAAAGCGCUAAGGUAUUUGAAUUGUCUGAAUUUGAGCCGUAAUGCAAUCCGGGAAUUGCCCGAAAGUCUAUUUUCAUAUCAGAGUCAACUUUUAAUACUGGAUCUGAGUCACAAUUUAUUGACAUAUUUAACGCCACACCUUUUCGAUCACACACCUUGGUUAUGGCAGUUGAAACUUGGUGGCAAUCACCUGCACGAUACCACAAAUCUUUUGGAAAAUCUGAAGCCGCUGAAUUAUCUACAUAGGCUAGACGUAAGCCAGAACCAACUGCAAACUAUUUGGAGCACCGAGACGUCCGUCAAUAGAGUCCCGAAAUUACUGACAAUUUUUCGAUACAACAUGAGUUCGGCUUUAGCCGACGUUCUUAAUUAUAUUACCAAGUUGAAACCAGAGAACUACGAAGGAGGCAAGAUUAACUCAACGGUAAUAAAUCUAAGUGGCAAUCGUUUGCGCGAAUUCACGUUGGAUUGGCUUGUAGUUGCGAAUAUUACAUGCCCUUUUGAAAUAAACCUAGAGCUUAAUUUGAUUGAAAAUAUUUUUGCUUUACAAACGACUGACGAUUGUGCACCCAAAAUCAAAAUAACUGGUAACCCGAUCGUGUGCGAUUGUAAAUUGGCUUGGAUUUACAGUGAAAACUAUCGUUCGCUGUUCAAUGGUUUACAGUGCGUUCAGACGUCAACCAAACUAGUAAAAGAUCUCGCGCAGCUGGAACGUAAUGAACUGUGUGCUUGGGAACCUGUAAUGUGCCCCAGAAACUGCCAUUGUUACACACAAUUGGAAUUCCUGUACAUCAGUUGCAAGGGUGCGCAACAUAUCGAACAGCUCCCACGCCCCGAGCAAGUUGGGCUCAAGAGUUCGGUACUCGAUAUUAGCAAUAACAAUUUCAUUGAAUUGCCGCUAAACAACACCUUCGGCUAUGGUAACGUUUCGCAACUCAACGCGUCGCACAAUCAAAUCACGAGCAUAAAUCUCAGUCAACUGCCAACUAAUUUGACGGUUUUGGAUCUGCGAAAUAAUAAUUUAAAAUCCUUAAAUGAUGAAUUUUUGCGGACAUACCUCAAUGACAGCACAAAACUACAAUAUCUCUAUCUAAGUGAUAAUUAUUGGAUUUGCGACUGUUCCACGCAGCAAUUGCUGUACACUAUACGUACACAUCGGACACGCAUACCCGAUGCCGACCAGUUACUCUGUGUUAAUCUGCUGAACGAUACACGCCUUAUAGACAAUGUGAGAGAAUUGUGUCCAACUCUUGUUAAUGUUGAAUAUUAUCGAAACUUGAAUGCAACGGUGAUUAGUGUAGCGUUAACUAUUAUUGUUUUACUUUGCAUUAUCGCACUCUUUUAUAAAUAUAAAUUAGAAGUGGAAGUCUGGUUAUAUAGCCACAACAUAUUGAGAUUUUGCAUUCGCGAAUGUGAGCUGGAUAAACACAAAACAUUCGAUGCGUUUAUUUCAUAUGCACACCAGGAUGCAGACUUCGUCAACCAUACAUUACUGCCGCAACUCGAACAGUGCGAACCACCAUUUCGUGUAUGCACGCACGAACGCAAUUGGCUGGCUGGCGCUUAUAUACCUGAACAAAUCAUAGAAUCGGUGGAUCAGUCGCGUCGGACGAUCAUUGUGCUCUCGCAGCACUUUAUCGAGUCGGAUUGGGCGCGCAUGGAGUUUCGCACAGCGCAUCAGUGCUCGUUGAACGAGGGUCGUGCGCGCAUCAUAAUGAUUAAAUAUGGCGAAAUCACGAAAACUGACUUACUGGAUAGAGAACUAAGGGCAUAUUUGGAUAUGAAUACUUAUCUGGAUUGGCAAGACGUCGGAUUUUGGGACAAAUUACGCUAUGCCAUGCCACAUGAAGUGCGUGGAGAGAGGAGUUCCGAUAUGCUAAAAACUAACGGCAGAAUGUAUGUUAUGGGACAAGUUGAGAUGAAUCGGUUGCGUGAUGAAAUUGUUUAAAAUUUGCCACAGUUGCAGUUAUUAUUUGAAAUCUUCCGAUUCUUCUGAGACACAAAGAGUUGUUCCAAAUGUUGCUGUUAAGAGAGAAAUUGAAGAUUGAGGUAAUCUUGGCCAACCUGCUUUCCAAACAGUAAUGAUCGCAUACACUCUUCAAACCCAUUAUAUUAUAUAUCAAGUAACUAUUUAAUAAAUUUUCCUGUAUAAUUAAUUAGAAAGCGCACAAUCAUA